AUGACUACAAGAACUUUACCACAACAAGAGUGCUUAGAGUAGAAAAUAAAAUCUCAAAACAGGAUAUUUUAUCACAUUUAACCUGAUGAAAAUUAAGUAAAUGAGGACAAAUAAAAAGAAAAAAUAAAAAGGAACUUCUCUUAUUAGCCUUCUAUGUCAGAUGAAGGUGAGGAGAAAAGAGCUAAGAAUAAAUCCAUAAGGAAAAAAUAAUAAUUUAGAAAUGUUAAUUGCGGAUAAGACUUUGCAGUUGUUUUAGAUAAAAAUGGAUAGGCAUGGAGUUUUGGAGCUGGAAUUGAUGGAUAAUUAGGAAUAAACGAAAAAAUAAGAAUUUAAUUAAAGUUAAAAGCUGUAAAUUAACUAAAAUCAAAAGUUAAUUUCUAAGAUGUGAGUUGUGGAUAGAAGAAUGUACUUGCAGUUGAUGAAAAUGGCAAAUUAUACUGUUGGGGAAAUAUCUCUUAAUACAAAUGUGGAAUUAGUGUUAAAUAAAAUCAAGAAGAAUAACUAUUUCCAUUAAGCAUAACUGAUGAAGUGUUAAUAAAAGCUAAACUUGCUCAUAAAAAAAGAUAAUCAAGAAUAUUUUCUUAAAUGUCAUUUUAAUCAGCAUUAAUAUCAUCCCAACAAAAAUAAUUGCUAAAUGAUUUAUUAUAUGAUUACCCUAAAGUAUCUUUAGUUUCAGCAGGUACGAAUUUUUCGUUUUGUGGAGUUUUAGACAAUAAGCACAUAGUUUGUUUUGGUCUGAAUUAAAAUAAUAAAAUGGGAAUAGGCUAGAAGGAAAAGGAGAUAAUUGAACCUUAGAUAAUGCCAUUUUUUAAUUUGAAGGUAUAUCUUGUAGCAAAGAUCACUGUGCUGCUUGGGAUAAUUAAGGCUAGGUUUAUACUUGGGGAGAUCCUCAAUGCAUUGAUGAGACAAGAAAUACAGAAAACACCAAAGAAAGUUGAACAAUUAAAAGAAGAAUUUAUUAUUUAAGUUUGUUGCACAUUUAAAGAGACAGUUGCUUUGACUAGAGAUGGAUACUUAUAUACUUGGGGUAUAGGAAAUGCUUCUGAUAAAUUUGUAGACUAAACUGGAAAAAAGCCAAAAUCAUAAAAUUCAGAAGAAUAUAGGCCCAUUUUAUUUGAUAUCAAGAUUUAAAAUUAAGAUGUUAAUUUCAUUAAGAUUUCUGGAAAAUACUCUCAUUGUGCAGCUAUAGAUAAGUUUGGACGACUCUUUACUUGGGGAGAUAAUUCUUAAGAAUGUUUAGGUCAUCCUGAUCUAAGAAAAACUUUAAAACAAGAUGAAUUUUAUAUUUUUGAUGUUUAAGAACCUAAAUUGGUUGAAUAAUUUCUAAAUUACUUUAUCCUAGAUGUUGACUGUGGACUUAACUUUACAACAGUUGUUUGUGCUUCAAAAAAAUAAUUUAAACUUACUGAAUCAAAAUACUAUUAAAGAUACAUAAAGUUUGUUUAAUCAGAAUUAAAAGGUUAAAUAGAUUUAAUUAGGUAGUACACUAAAAGAAAAGCUACUAUAUAUAAUAGUUUAGAAAGGAAAGGCUCCUAGAGCUCAAGAAAUAGAUCUAGUGUUUUUAGUCCGAAAAUUUAAUAAAAUCCAGAAACUCCUAAAUCAUAGUUGGCAAAAUAUAAUUCUAGUUAAUAAAAGUUUAAUUUUUAAGACGAAUAAAUAUAAAUAUCAAAUAAAUCACCAAAAGGAUUUUAAGCUAAUAGUGAUUCAUAAAAUUAUAUAGCUUCUAUUAAUAAAUUAAAUGAACCUAUCAACUAAACAAGCAACUUAAAUUUUUAAAAUGCAAUAAAAAAUUAUGAAAGUUAGCAAGCCUCUUAACAAGAGGCUAAUUUUUCUUUAUAUUCCUUAUAACCAUAAUAAGAUGUAGCAUCUUCAACAUCAAUAUAGAAUCGUAUAGAUAUCAAUUAAAAUACUUAAACUGUAAGCAAUAAGUCAAACAACUAAAAAAAUCAUUAUUAUUUUGGAAGCAAAAAUAAAAUUAAUCUUGAUAAAAACAACAUUUAUUCUAGUUAGAAUAUUCAUAGCUUAACAUCAAGACACAAAAAAUUAAUUGAUCUGUAAAUUAAUAAAUCAGCUCAUGAUAUGAAAUAAUAACCUUAAAAAGAUUAUUUCAGCACAGAUAAGAAAACUAAAUUUGGCUUGAUGAUGCAAUAAAUAGAGGAAACUAAAACUGUUGAGACAACAUAAAAAUAAUCAUAAAAUUAAACUAAAAUCGGAACCUAAAAUGACAUUGGUGAAAAAUAUACAUAACAAUCAAUAACUAUGAAAAGUCAAGAUUUAAAAGACUAUAGUAAACAUAAAACUAUCUAGAAGAAUGUUCUUUAAUUCUCAAUUGAUUCGAAAGAUUAAGACAUAUCAACUGCUAGAAAAACUUCUUUCAAUUUGAAUGACACAGGAUAGUUAGAGUAAUUCGUUAUAAAAAAAACUGAAGAAAAUAACUUGCCUAAUUCCUAAAGAUCAAUAAACAAGUCUUUUGAAUAAACCAUGAAAUAGUUUUAUGAGUAAAAUUAAAGUGAAUAAAAAUAAAAUGAAUAAGUUUUAGAAAAAAUUAAUAAUCAAAAUCUUAACUAGCAAAAUAAAUCUUAAAUUAAGUAAAUGUAUUAAAUUAAUAAAAAUAGAAUAUCAUCAUUCUACUCAACGAGAAGCUUUGCUGAAAAAAAAGAAGAAUAAGAAUAAUCAGAAGUUUUAGAAUAUUUGAGCAGGUGUUAAUGGAAAACAGAUUAAGAAAGAGAAAAGUUAAUUAAAAAGUUUAAAGAGAUUUAACACUAACAAAAACUAAAAGAAGAACUUUAAAAUUAGAGUAGGUAAUAUAAAAAGAACUUGAUAUCAAACAUCAGUCAGGAAAUUCAAAUAAAUGAGAUAGAUGAAGAUUAGGGAUUCCUUGCUUCGUAUAACUUUGAUAAGAUUUCAGAUUUAAUAAUCUAAAAAGAAUAAAAAGAUCCAAAUUACUUUCCUUUAAAUAAAUGUGAUACAAUUUCGUCUAUACUUAGUUAACAAAAUAAAAAUUCUUUAGAAUAUCUUUCUUUUAAAAAGCUUUAGGAAAAUUAGAUUUCAAUUGAAUCUUAAAGAAAAUUUAAAAAGUUAUUUUAGAAAAUUAGCUAAUAAUAUGUUGAAGAUUCUGAGCUAUCUCAAUAGUUAUAAAAAGAAGCAGAGUUAUGUUCUAAUGACAAAGAAAAAUUGCGUUAGAUCUUAUUAAAGAAAGAGUAUUUAGAUAUAAUAGAAAAAAAUUAAGAGCAAGAGCACAUGAUAUAUCUAUUGAGCGAUCCUAUUAAUUCUAAUUAAAAUAAAACUCAGAACAACAAAUUUUAUUCCUAAACUACAAGGAACGCUAAAGAUUCUCAGAAAAAAUUUUCUUUUGAAUAAAUAACCAAAUUAAGAUCAAUAACGAAGCAAGAAUAAACAGAAGUAGAUCAAGAUCAAUUUUAAUAUGAAAUUUAUAAGCAAAAUUAAUAUUUUAAAAAAGAGUGUAUGAUAAAAUUCCCUGAUUAUUGCUCAUAGCUGAAAAAUAUUAAAUAAAUUUAAAAAAACGGAGAAAAAACUAUAAAAAUUCACAAAGAUAUAGAUAAAAUAUUGCAUGAAAUGAGCUUAAAAAAGAAACCCAUAUUGUCAAAAGAGCAAAAGCUAUAAAAACUAUAAGAAAACUCUCUAGUCCUUAAAGAAAAAACUUUGAAAGCAAUACUAACAAGCGAAGAUUUAUUGAGACAAAAGAUAAGCAAAUACUAAGAAUAAUUAGAUAAAAGAAGAAAAAGUUUUAUAGAAAUUCUUUAAUAAAAAUAAGAACUGAAUAAGUAUUUACAGACAAAAAAGAAAAAUUUAAUUACUUUAUUAACAGCAGAAUAAAUUUUAAAGUUGUUUGGUGAUUUAAAAUAUCAUGCAUUAGAAAGGAAAAAAAAUAUGUUUAGAAAAAAUUUAUGUGCAACAUAAAUUCAGAGCAUUUAAAAAUUUAUUUUGUGGUGUCAACAUUAGCAACUAUCUUAAAUUAGAAUUUACUCUGAUAAAUGGGAUCACUAUAUGACUUCUACCUUUAAAUUAUAAGAUAACGAAAUUACCAGGAUGAUCAAGUCACAAUUUAAAUUUGGUGGACAGUAAUCAUUUGAAGUAAGCAAGAUUAGUGCAGAGGAAACACAAUUAAAUGCUUAACGAUCUUCUAUUUUGCCAGCAAGCUCUUUUGACUUCAAAUAAUUUAAAUAAAAUAAGUCUAUUUAAAAGCUUUUAAAUAUAGGAAUUAAUGAAGCAAAAUAAUUUACUCAAAAUAAUUUGAAAAUAAUACCUAAUAUUAUGUCCAUCACUAAUGAUUACAGUAAUUAAAUGUAUAUAGAUCCUGAUUAGUUAAAAAGUGCAAAUGAUUAAACAAAUACUUAGACUCAAAAGCAUAUUCUAAAAGGAAAUAGAUCGAAUACAUCAUUUACUUAGCAGUUUGCUUAAAGUUUAGUUUAAUCUCAGAGCGAAAUACUUCUUCCUUUUACAGUUCACAGGGAUCUUUUUAUAUUGCCUCCUAACUUUAAAAUAAAAUAUGGCAGCGAAGAAAUACAUUAGAGGAUUAACUAAAAAGCAGUUAAAUUGGAAUUAGACCUUAAAAUCAAACUUAUUAAAUAACACAUAAAAAAGUAAACGAAAGAAUUCUAUGAUAAACUUAAAGUGUAUAAAGCAAAUCUAGAGUAGUUUGUGCUGUAGAAUAAAAAGAUCGUUAAUUUGUAAAGAACUGAGUUAAUGAUUAAAACUAAUAAAGAGCAAUUAAGUAAAUUACAAAAGAGAGAGGAAGUGUAGUACACACAAAGAAUUUAAAGACUAAGAAUGAAAAGACCUAUGACAAGGGAUAAAGAGUUAUUUAUUAAAGACCACUUGCCUUUUGGUUCAAUAGUAUCUCAGAUUGCUGCAAAUAUGUCUGAAGCACCAACCAGACCUAAGCUCAAAUAUUCUUUAACAAACAAACAAUUUGAAGAAUAUUUUAAAAGCUAUUAUAGCGAAUUUGUUAAGAAGUAUAACUAAUUAUGCCUAGAUGAAAGAAUUAAAUCCCAUUAAAAUAAUAAUAUUAAUAAUAAUAAUAGAAAUAAAUCUAAUAAAGAGUUAUGA